AAGGCGUGCAGUAAUACAAAAAUGAGGCCACUAAUGGGAACUAUUUACGAUGCUAACGAAAAAAUAUGGCACGGACCGAAAAGGAAGGAUUUGUAUAACUCUGAGCUAACAGUGGGUGAAGUAGCAUUGGAGCAGUUAAGACAAAAUCCCCAAAAGAUAAUACAGAUCAUGGACUCAACCGGAGAGACAUUAACAGCUAAACAAUUAAUGGAUUAUGCCCUGACAUUGGCUAGAAAUUUAAUGAGUCUUAAUGUAAAGCCUAAAGAUGUUAUUGGUCUUUAUGCCCAAAAUACCACACAUGUGUCUACCGUAAUGUUGGCCUCAUUUCUAUGCGGCACUCCGGUAAAUGCUUUAUUUCCAGGAUUUGAUUUGGAAAAUGUUUCCCUGAUUUACAGCAACACUAGACCUAAAAUAAUAUUUUGUGAUGUUGAAAACUAUGAAAAUAUCCGUGAAGCAAAUAAGAAUUUAAAUCUAAAUGCUUUGAUUUAUUUAAUGAAUGGAGAAAUUGCUGGUGUAAAGAAUGUUAAAGAUUUGUUGGAGUGUGAUCAACAAUUAAGUAAUGAGGAAUUGCAUGGCUUUAGGUUGCCCUGUUUGGAUAUGAAAGGAGAAGAUGUUGCUGUCAUAUUGUGUUCGUCGGGUACAACUGGCACUCCCAAGGGGGUAAUGAACUCACAUUAUGCUCUGAUUAAUAAGGAUAUUUAUCCAAAUACAACUGCCGAUUCUGUGGUAUUCAAUUUCAGUACCAUGUACUGGGCUUCAGGGCUUAUAACUCUAUUAUCGUCUUUAUUCCAUUGCAUAACUCGCAUUAUCACCGAUAAACCAUUUACACCCGAAUACUUUCUGUAUUUAGUGGAACAUUAUAAGAUCACGCACACCCUGUGUUCUGGCUCUCAAAUGGCUGAAUUAGUGUUGAAUGCUGAGGCUAGCGCCAUAAGAAAAUCUCUUAAAUCCAUUGAUACUUUGAUGUGUGGUGGUUCAAAGAUACCGGAAAUCGUACAAAAUAAAAUGAUCGACAUACUGUCAGAUAACACUAAACGUCCGGGAUUUGCGGUGGGCUAUGGUAUGUCGGAGUUGUGUGGCUGUUUGUCUUUAAAUGGCGGCCAUCCUUUUGAGUUUCGUAAGCUGACAGAGGGUAAAUUGGCUGCAAAUGAUAAAGUUCGCAUUGUAGACAAGCAGGGCAUAGCUUUGGGUCCCAAUGAAAAAGGUGAACUAUUAGUGAGUUCUCCCUAUAAAUUUAUCGGCUAUUACAACAAUCCAGAAGCUACAGCAAAGGCUUUAAUUGGCAAUUGGCUGCAUUCUGGUGAUAUUGGUUAUUUUGAUGACGAUGGCUUUUUGCAUUUGUGUGGUCGUGAUAAGGAUGUCUUCAAAUCUUAUAAUUUCCAAAUAUAUCCCCAGUUAAUUGAAGAAAAUAUAUUGAAAAUACGAGGUGUAGCAGAGGUUUGUGUUGUGGGCAUACCCGAUUUGGUGGCAUCCAAUUUGACGGCGUGUGCUGUUGUUCGUAUGCAAAAUAAAUAUGGUUCGGAUCUAACGGUGGAUACUAUCGAUCAGUAUAUUAAAGACAAUAUGGCGAAUGUAUAUCAUUUAAAGGGUGGUGUGUUUUUUGUGGACUCUCUUCCCAAAACAGGUUCGGGUAAGGUGCAAAGAAAUCGUGUAUUAGAUUUAAUAAAUAAAUCUUGAAAUGUUGUUGUAUGUUUAAGUAUGUAUUUUUAUUAAAUAAAUUAACUUUAGUAAAUACU